AGGGGACCGGGACUGGGGAGGGGCGGACACACGGUGGGGGACGGGAAAACGGCCUGGGGUCAGGGAAGGAGCCCGCACCCCAUGUCCGGCAGCUGGUCCAGGAGGAGAACGUGCGCGGGGUGAUCACCAUGAACGAAGAGUACGAGACCAGGUUCCUGUGUAACAGCUCGAAGGAGUGGAAGAAAGUGGGUGUCGAGCAGCUGCGGCUCAGCACGGUGGACAUGAUGGGGGUCCCCACCUUGGCCAACCUGCACAGAGGAGUCCAGUUCACGCUCAAGUACCAGGCCGCGGGCCAGUGCGUCUACAUACACUGCAAGGCCGGCCGCUCCCGGAGCGCCACCAUGGUGGCCGCAUACCUGAUCCAGGCGCACAACUGGAGCCCAGAGGAGGCCAUCAGAGCCAUCGCCAGUAUCCGGAACCACAUCCACAUCACGUCGGGCCAGCUGGCGGUCCUCAGGGAGUUCCACAAAGCCGUCUCCCCACGGGCAACAAGCAACCCCUGACUCACGAGGCGUGAGGACAGCUCCACUCCAGAUGGGACAAACAUUUACAUUUGAUGGGACAGAGAGGCGCUAGGUCGUGGGUCACUCUGCUUCCUUUGCCUGGUUUAUUAUCUUCAAAUAACACUGCUGCAGGGCUGGAGAGAAGACUGGUGUGCCUAAAUUUUAUUUUCUUAAGGUUAAAAAAAUUUUUUUCAACAAAAACCUAUCGUGUAGCUAAUACUGUGACUAAUGGUUUAACACCUUAAUGCUAAGGCUCCAGGAUGGCCUUGAACUGGUACAGAUCCUCCUGCCUCACCCUAAGUGCCAGGAUUACAGGUGUGAUACCACGCCCAGCUGAGACAUUUAACACUAGAGAAAGGAAAUGGGAGCUCUGGCUCUUGCACCUGUCAGAAUCCCAGGGCUUUUGGAACGG